AUGGCCCUGAACAACGAUAUCCUGGCCCCUUCUCCCCGGUAUGAUGACUCUCAGGACAAUUCUAAUACCAAAGAGGCUACACCAAAUUCACAGAAAGCCGAGAUGCCGCCCGAAGCACUUCUACAACACACCACACCAAGCAUUCUGAGAGAAAAUUUAUUCCUGAUUUUUAUAACCCUAACACAGAUGGUUCAAAUGAUUCCUCUGGGUGCCGGCAUCAACUCUGGUCUUGCAAUUGGGGAGUCGUUAAGGGCCUCUCCUAUAGAAUCCGUUUGGAUUGCCGCUUCUUAUCCUCUUACUCAAGGCACUUUUGUUCUCAUUGGUGGUCGAUUGGGAGCUGUGUAUGGUCACAAAAACAUUCUCAUGGUUGGCUGCAUGUGGUGGGUGCUGUGGGCUUUAUGUGGAGGGUUUUCUCCUAACCUGAUUGCUAUGUGUGUCAUGAGAGGCCUAUGUGGUAUAGGCGGCGGCUUGAUGACUCCAAACAUAGUGGCGUUAUUGGGAAUUACUUUUCCGCCAGGCCGGAAACGAAAUCUAGGCUUUGCUUUCUUUGGAGCAAUGGCGCCUGUUGGUGCUGCUGGUGGUAAUCUUAUCUCAGGAGUUAUCGUCCAGCUGACAGAUUGGAAAUGGCUCUUCUUCAUGCUAUCACUUUUAAGAGGUUUGCUAGGAUUUAUUGUUUACGGCGUCGCCAUGGUUGCAAUUCCAGCGGAUAAACCUGUUGAUCCCGACGGUGAAGUCGACUGGGUUGGUGCUUAUCUUGGGAUUGGUGCCCUUACGCUAUUCAACUUUGUAUGGAAUCAAGCGCCAUUGGUUGGAUGGGAGAGCCCUUACGAAAUUACUCUUCUUAGCCUAUCCAUCAUCCACUUCGCCGGCUUCGUAUAUUGGGGAAUGAAGGUCUCCAAACAACCAAUUAUUCCGUUCAAUAUCUGGAAAGCACCCUCAUUCGGCAUUCUUAUGAUUGCCAUAUUCCUCUCGUUCAUGAGCUUGGGUAUAUUCCUUUGGUACAUGAACGUCUACAUGAAUAUAAUCCGUGGAGAUACUCUGAUCCAAAUCGGCAUUCAAUACCUGCCGCUAACCAUACUUGGCGGUGCCAACGCCUUCUUCGCGGCUUGGCUCGUUCCUCGAGCACCCGCUCAAGUUAUUAUUGCCAUGGGUUGUUUGGCAAUGGUUGCAAUCAAUGCAUUGUUAGCUACUAUCCCGGCAGACUUAACUUACUGGGCAAUGGCAUUUCCAGCAAUAAUCCUGUCGUCAUUCACAAUCGAUUUGAUUGUCACGGCGGCUCAAAUAAUCACGAGCAAUACCGUAUCGAUGAAGAACCAGGGUAUUGCGGGGUCUUUGAUUGGCACCUUGCUCAGCUACGGUAUGAGCACAGGCCUAGGCUUUGCUGGGACAGUUGAGGUUAAUACAUUUGACGACGGGGAAAAUCUUCUCAAAGGCUAUCAUAGUGCUGCAUACUUGGCCACGGGAUUCGCUGUCGCCGCUUUGAUACUCGGUGCAGUUUUUGUACGGAUACCCAAAGAUACCCGGGAGGGCUGGGACUCCGAAAUGGACUAG